AUGGAUCGUCAAUCCGAUCUUGUGGAACUAAAACCGAUUAUCAGCAUAUUUUUCCCUACACUUUACUGUACUUUGAUCACCAGAAAAAGAAAAAUGGGAAAAAAAGAUAAAAAAACCGCAAAAGGACGGUUGGAUAAGUAUUAUCACUUAGCCAAAGAGCAAGGUUAUCGUGCGCGUUCGGCGUUUAAGCUUAUCCAGUUGAACAAAAAAUAUAAUUUUUUGGAGAAAUCUCGAUGUUUAAUAGAUUUAUGUGCAGCUCCUGGUGGAUGGCUACAAGUUGCAAGCAAAUACAUGCCAGUGUCGAGUCUGAUCAUAGGUGUCGAUCUUGUUCCCAUCAAACCGAUUCCAAAGGUCAUAACACUCCAAGAAGAUAUAACUACUGAUAAAUGUAGAACCAGGCUUCGAAAUGAAUUAAAAUCUUGGAAGGCUGAUGUGGUUCUUCACGAUGGUGCGCCCAAUGUUGGUAUUUCAUGGUCACAAGACGCUUUUUCACAAUCCGAACUGACGCUGAAAGCUUUGAAAUUGGCCGUAGAAUUUCUAAACGAAGGAGGCACCUUUAUAACCAAAAUUUUUCGAUCAAAAGAUUAUAAUAACUUAAUAUGGGUAUUUAAUCAACUUUUCAAAAAGGUAGAAGCUACGAAGCCGGCCUCUUCUAGGAAUGUUUCUGCGGAAAUCUAUGUGAUCUGCCGCGAUUAUCUCGCUCCUAAAAAAAUUGAUCCUAAAUUUCUUGAUUCUCGAGCAGUUUUUCAGGAUGUUGAUAUUGGACCUACAAGUAAAUCUGUCUUAGAAUCAGGAAAAAAUAAAAGAAACAGAGAAGGUUAUGAGGAUGGAGUCUACACUUUAUACAAGGAAUCUUCCAUAUUUGAAUUCAUUAACUCGGAUGACCCAGUUAAGAUUCUUGGUUCUACUAAUAAAUUAAAAUUUGAUACUGAUGAAGCCCAUAAAUUAUUAAAUCAUGAGUCAACAACAGAAGAAAUUAAGGCGUGUUGUGAGGAUUUGAAGGUUUUAGGAAAAAGAGAAUUUAAAAGUCUUUUGAAGUGGAGAAAGAAUAUUAUAGAAUCGUUGAAGGAACCGGUUAAGGAAGAUGUGAAAGAAACUGCUGAAGAGGAGAAAAUUGAUGAAGACAAGGCUAUUCAAGAAGAGUUGGAUAGGCUCGUUCAGGAAGAACAAACUCGUCGCAAGCAACUUCGUAGAAAGAUCAACGAAAAGCGUCAGAAAAAUGUUACACGCAUGCAACUGAAAAUGAUAUCGCCUACUGAUAUCGUGUUAGAUGAUGAUAAUUCAUUGUUUAAUUUGAAACAAGUAGAUAAGAAUGGGAUAUUGAGUAAGAUGCGUAAAGGAAAUAUGGAUAUUAUUCUUGAUCAAGAUGAAAAAAAUGAAGAUAUGUUCAUUGACCAACAUGAAGAUACGGAAAGUGCAAAUGAGAACGACGAUGACAUAACUCACCUAGAGAAGGAAUUAGACGAAUUAUAUGAACAAUAUCAAGAGCGCAAAGCAGAACGUGAUGCAAAAUAUAGAGUAAAAAAACUCAGAGCGCAAGAAAAUGAUCAAGAUGAUGUUCAGAGUAACGGUUUUAAAGAUGAUAGUGAUACAGAAGAAAAUGUAAUGUCACAAAGCGAGGAGUAUUCAUCAUCUAAUGACAGUGAUACCGAGCAUGAAGAAGAUAAAAAUAAGAUAAAAGCGAAUGGAUUAACGAAAAAAAAGAAAAAAUUGUUAACUGAUUUAACUGAAGACAAAAAGGACGUCGAAAACAUCAAGAUACCUGGUGCUUUAAGUAAAAAAGCGACCGUAUUUUUUGAUCAGCCGUUGUUUAAAGAUUUUGGUCAAGAAAACGACCCAGAGCAAUUCAUAAAUGGCGAUAAUGGUUUAAAAUGUGAAAUGGAAACGGAUGAAAAAGUGGUUGACACGAAGUCGCAUGACGUUGAGGGAGAAGAUAAGUCACGUUCACUAAAACGUAAAGCUGAUGAGAUUGAUCAAGAAGAUGAAGUUGAAAUAGUUCCUCUGGAAAAAAACGAUGAUAAAUUAUGGGAUGCCAACGAAUCCGACGAGGAUGAAAAGAAAAUGAUAAGAGCACGAGAAAACGGGUUGAUUACUGCGGAGGCAGUGACCCUUGCUCAGCAACUGGUGAAUCGACGUAAAACUAAACAAGAACUUAUUGACGAUGGCUUCCGACGAUAUACGUUCAAUGAUCGUGAAGGAUUACCUGGGUGGUUCUUGGAUGAUGAAAGAAAACAUAAUAGACCCAAUUUACCAAUAACAAAGGAAGCAGUUGAAGCAAUCAGAGAGAGGAUGAAGGCGCUAAAUGCUCGACCAAUAAAAAAGGUUGCCGAAGCAAAAGCAAAAAAGAAGAUUAGGGCCUUUAAGAAACUUGCUAAACUGCAAAAGAAAACCAACGCCAUUGUAGAAACAUCGGAGAUGACUGAAGGUGAAAAGGCUCAAACAAUAUCGAAAUUAAUCAGUAAAUCACAAAAAAAAAUGAAAAAAGAAGUGAAGUUGGUUGUUGCUAAGGGCUCGUCUAAAGGUAAAAAAGGACGACCGAAAGGUGUUAAAGGACGAUAUAAGAUGGUCGACGCCAGGAUGAAAAAAGAGGCUCGGGCGAUGAAGAGAAGGUAUUCAUUGCUAACAACUGCUGGUCAUCCCUUGACGAUGAUUUACCAAUUACUGGCUUCUGAUAGAACAGGGCACUCUACUGCGGGCUUUGCGUACCCAACAGACUCCAAAUUUGUAUCCCCAAAUCAGCCGACCCCACCCAUGAAUGACUUGUCGGCUUCAUUGACUUCCG